AACAGAUAAGGUUUCGUUUCGUCCUCAACAGAAGCAAAUUGCCCAACACAGUCUUUUCGCAUGGCGUCUCUUCAAAGCUCGCCUUCAAUUCACCGUACAUUGUUCUUCAAUUCUUCCCCUCAGUUAGGGUUGCGUAAGCAUGGCACGUUCCCUUGCUAUAGACGAGGCAUUCGGGCUGAGCAAACUGCAGCUUCGACUUCUCAUUCUCAUGAUAGAUCUGGAAGACGCCAAUUUAUUGCUGUUGGGGUCAUCGCCCCAUUGUUUUCAUUGGUUAAUCAUACUUCCUUAUCAUUUGCUGCAGAAACCAGCAAGGGAUUUCUAUCAUUCACCGACAAGUACGAUGGAUACUCUUUUCUCUAUCCUUUUGGAUGGCAGGAAGUGAUUAUCGAAGGUGAAGAUAAGGUCUAUAAAGAUGUCAUUGAGCCAUUAGAAAGUGUCAGCAUAAACUUGGUCCCAACCAGUAAAGAGGACAUUAGAGACUUUGGAUCUCCACAACAGGUUGCUGAAACCUUAGUUAAAAAUGUUUUGGCGCCUUCUUCCCAGAAAACAAAACUAAUCGAGGCAUCAGAGCAUGAUGUUGAUGGAAUUGCUUAUUACACAUUUGAGUUCAUUGCUCAGGCUCCAAACUAUACUCGUCAUGCCCUUAGUACAAUCUGCGUUGGCAAUGGCAAGUUUUACACAUUAACGACGGGGGCCAAUGAGAGGAGAUGGGAGAAGAUGAAAGAUAGAUUGCAUACUGUUGUUAAUUCAUUCAAGCUUUUCAAUGCCUGAUUAAUAUGUUCAAUUCUAAUGCUGUUAGGGAUAAUCCUUUUCCACAGCAGGCAGAAUUGUGCAUUUCCAGAGUUGUAUCAAACUCAGCUUUUGUCAUUAUAUUUUUACAACCAUCCUCCCACUAUUUGAUGGAUUUUUAGGUUAAUAGCA